CACUGCUCGUGUCUGUUCGCGUCGCGGGAAAUUUGAACUAAAUCGAUACCCGCACGAUCGAACAUCAAAAUAAAGCUUCCUCGGCGGAGUCGAGGAGGCUUCGUGGGAAAAAAAAGAGUCAUGUGUCAUAUUAAGAGGAGUGUGUAGAGUGAGCAGGAUGGAGGUCGGUGUGGGAGAUAUUCUGCACUGUGAGGAGAAGCUGAGGAGCACACUACACUCCGACGAUAAGGAGAAGCUUCGCAGGAAGUUGGCACAGUUACAAAGGGAAUAUCUCAGGACAGCCCAGAGACUGCAGCGUGCUGAGCGUUUGGACGCAGUGCGGAAACAUGUGAGGAAGAAGAUCGCUCUGCAGACCCACCAGGACCAGAGAGGUCCAGAGGCCACAUCUGUUCCCUGUGUGAACCCCCUGGAUCCACUGACACUGAACACCAGCUCUGCAGAAACCUCAGGCUUAGCUCACACUGAAGGUCCAGCUGAUUCUGAACAACUCAGGAGGAGCCAAGUGGUCACAUUUCAACUCCCGUCUGCUGCUGCUUCUUACCCACAAACCCCAGAUCACAGCCUUCAUGCAAACCAAGGUUACAGACCCAGUCCCACCCUGAGCCUCAGGUCACGGCGCAGCCGCCUACGCUGCGAAAGGAGGAGCGUUGAGGCUGAGAGAAUAACAGACAACGAUGAGAAAGGACCGGACCAGAGUGGGAGGGUGGACACCACUGGAGCAACAGAACAGGAGGAAGAGGAGGAGGAGGAGGAGGAUGUGAAGUCAGAAGCAACAAACGUGAACAAAUGUGUCGAGUUAGUUUCGGACACAGAGUCUGACUCUCCCUCUCUGCUGCUUUCACACUGGAGCGCACAUGGAUACUCUGACACAGGAGGUGUAAAGGGAAAGGAGAUCCAACAGCAAGAACAAAGAGCAAAAGAAACGGAGUUGAGAGUUGCUGAAGAGAAAAAAGAGUCAACAUCUGCAUUAACCACUGAAGAAAGGGAACAAGAUAAAAAUGGUAGAGAGCUGAGUGAAAUGAAAAUAUGUGAAGAGAAUAGUAAUGAAGAUGGCAAUAAAGAAAAUGCAGGAGAGAAAAUAGAAAGUGGAAAAAAUCAGGAUGAUAAAACAGAUCUAAAAGAAGACGGGAGCGGGAACGCGGGGGAUGGAAAAGCCGGGAGCCUCCUGGACUCUUGUACAUUAGUGGAAGGACUACUUUUCCCAGCGGAGUACUACGUUCGCACAACGAGGCGUAUGACACUUUCACAGAGCCAGCCUGACAUGCAGGCCGUCAUACUCUCCCAGCUGAGCUUAGGACGGCGCCGCAGGAGUCGGGGCCGCGGCCGAGGACGAGGAUCUGACAGGAACUCACACACCAGCCAAAGCUCAGAUCAGCGCACAGAGACAGAUUUCUCCUCUCCGACGUCUGCGGAUCCUCUUGAAACACCGCACUGCCCCAGCUCCAGUGAGAUUUCAGAUCGCACCUCGUCUUGUCGGAUGAACUCAGACACUUGCUUUUCUCCUGCGGUCACACCCGCUCGUCCAGCCAGAGGCAGGAGGAGGAAGAGAGGGAGGGGCAGAGGGAGGCCUCAGACACCACGACCCCCUCUGGGUCUAGACCCUCAUCAGCUCGACCGUACGCCGACCUCACAUCACCCCCAACACACCUGCACCCCGCUCUCUUCCUCCCACUCUCUACAUGAUGAACCUCCAGGUGAGAGAGCUCCAGCUGAGUCCAUUGACGCCGCUGCUCUCCAUCUUUCUACUGAAGUUAACAGAGCACCGUCCAACUCGGCCUCUGGACACGUGGAGAAGGUGUUUCCCAUCUUUCUGAAGAGCAACGACUGCAGCACCAGAUCCCCACAGACGAACAGAAGCUCAUCCAGCUGGAGGUCUCUGCUCCUGCCGUCCUCCCCGCUGCCUCUGCUCCCCCUCCCCUCCCCGUCCCCUUCUGGCCUCCUGUCCAAGAGCAGCCUGAUGAACUUGGACACCCACCAAGACUUUCAUCUCCCCGACGACCAGUUCGCCUCCCUGAAGCUGCUCAAGCUCCGUCAGGCCGCCCUGGGUUCAGGAGUCGAGCAUUUACUGUCGCCGUCUUACAACACGCGCAGCAGCAUGAGGCGGUUUGAGUCUCUCUGCAGCAGCAGUGAAGCGGCGACGCCUGCUCCUCUCCCACUCAGCCUCACCCCCACAAUCUCAAAUUCACCGCGUCCUGUUGAAGAACGACAAGCUGGUUCAGAGCACACGCUUAGAGAUCAAUCACAGGGGCGGCCUUUAAGCGAAGAGCCGCCUGGAGAGAGUGAAAACCUCGAAGUGGAGACUCACUCCAGCUGUGACUGUGGAGCUCAGAGCAGCAGCUUCACAGACAAACCAGCAGGUGAUUCUAUCAGCGGACGCUCGGAUAAAAAUAAAACGAAACCGACUGCACCUGAAACAGAGGAUCAGAGAAACCUUCGAGGCGACGCUCUCAUUAAGACUCUCGACUUUGAUCGCCCUCUGCAGGUGAUGCCGUGUAACGACGGCUCUGUUUUACCUGCGAAGGAGGAAUCUCCUAAAAAAUCCUCUCAGACCGAAGCUAUUAUUUCCCCCGAUGCACCGAUUGAAAAUCAGACCGAUUAUUCACCGCAGCGCGCCCUCCGCUCUCAGCUGCUCAGAUCUCCUGUGGUCACCCCUCGCCUUCCCUCGUGCACUCAGACCUCCAGCCCCGUGCUGCCCUCUCUGGGCCUCACCCCCUACGCUGGCCCCCUGACCUCCUCCCCCUCCGCCCCUUCUCUCAACCUGCCUCCCCCUCACAGCCCAUCGACGCAAGCUCUCUCUCCUCCCGCGCUCUCACCGUGUCCGUCCAUCGCUUAUCUCCCUCCUACCCCUCCUCCUCCUCCUCCUCCUCCUUCUCCUCCUUCGUCUGAGGCAACAGGUGAUCACAGAGCUGAACCCUCCGGGUGUUACCUGCAGGGCUCAGGUGAGGAGGGGUUGGGCCUGAAAACACAGGAGAGGGGAGAGGAACCCACGAUGAGGAGCACACACACGCUGAAGGCUGCGGCUGGGGGACGCCUGGUGGACGCCUGCUGUCUGCCCGGGUCCUCGGGGGGUUUGUGCGUGGCAGCAGCAGGAAAGUGGGCUGUGUGUCUCUGGAGUCAGACGCCAGCGUCCGACUGGAGCCUAACGCACACCUGGACCUUCAACGAGCCAGUGAUCAGUGUGUUUCCCGUCCCGGACGCUGCUGGCCUGAUGUGUGUGGCUCUGGGUCAGCUGGAGAUCAGAGAAGUGAGGAUGCUGUCGUGCUCCAGCUUCGCGCAGACGCUUUUCCGCGAGGGGGUCGUCCAGGCCGUCGUGGGCGUUUCCAAGUCCAGAGUGGUGACCUCCUCCCACUCGGCCACGGGCUCCAUCCUGCAGGCGUUCACGCUGUCAGACACCAGCAGCUCGCCGAGCUCUCAGGUCCUCGCGUCUCCUGACGUCUGCGUCGGGUCCCUCGCUCCGGUGGACAGACUUCCUGACGCUCUCAUCGGCACAGACGAGGCUGGACACCUGUUCUUGUGGAACUUAAACUCCGGACAGCUGCUGUGUAGAGUCCUCCUCGGAGACAAUUUGUGUCACACAGCCUGUCUCAGAGGAUACUCCUACUGCGGCGUGUUGUUUGUCCUGCUGCAGCAUCAGUUUCUAAGCUCCUUGGAGGAAGAAGAAAAAGAAGAAAAACUAAAAUGCGGGGAGUUUUUAGAGGAGGAGAAGAAGAAGAAGAAGAAGACUUUGUUCUCCUUGGUCGCCAUUAACCCUCUGAGCGGGAAAUCCGUCCUGGCCACACGGCUGCAUCCACCCAAAGCCUGGUCCGGGAGGCUGUGUGAAGCCGACGCCAGCCGCUCCAGAGUGGUGGGCCUGAGUCAGAGCGGCUGUGUCUGCGUGUGGGAGCUCGGGCGUCCGGGGGCUUCACGGAUGCUGUGGGCUCCUGAGAGCGAAGGGUGGCAGCUGGCCAGAUGGGGGGGAGACACGCUGGUGACGGGACAUCACAACGGAGACGUUACUCUACACUGCUUUCACACUUUUAAUACCGGCGACACAAAGAUACAACAUCGUACUCAGCUGGAGUUUUAGUUGAUCCUGUUGCUGGCGUACGGUUGAGUCUUUUUUACCGGUGAGGUCACUGUACGGCAAAAACACAGGCAUUCAUGUAAAGUCACUUUAAAAAAAAUAACAUUUUUAUUUUAACUCCGUGUUUUUAGUCGGCUGUAACACCAGUGUGUUAGACCAGCUUUGUGUUUUAUUACGGUCGCUGUUUGGACUGUUCUUUGACAUAUUUAAAUAAAAAGACUGAUAUCUUUUACAAGUUUACAUAAAA